AUGGAAACAAUUAAAGAAUUUUGUUCAUAAGAAACUAUAGAGUAUUAAUCAUUUUUAACUAGUUUAACAGAACUAUUGGAUAAGUUCCCUGAUUCAAGUGAAUAUAUUGAUGAUUUAUCAUUUCAAUAGACUCAAAGAUUCGUAAACAUACCAAUUUGCUUUAAAUUAAAUAAAAUUGCUGAAAUAAAUUAAACACACAAAAUUGUUUUAAUAAAGGGAACAGUGAUAAGAGCUGGGAUGUAUUAAUAAAAUUGUAAUUUAGUGCUAAAUCCAUGUCGAAAAUACUUUCUUAUAGAUGCAAAGAAUGUAAAUUUGUAACAGAAGUUUAAUCAUGUUCAUCAAAUUAUUUUAUGACUGAAAAUUAAUUGAAAUGUCAAAAUAUAGUUAUCAAAUAACAAAAAUAUAAUCCAUUCUUCAAAUAGAAAUUUUAAGGAUUUAAAAAGUAAAAGUGUAAUUCUACAGCAUUUGAAAAAUUAGAAGAUUCAAAAUUAAUUGAUUAUUAAGAAAUUAAAAUAUAAGACACAUAUACUACAAUUGAACCUGGAACUAUAUCAAAUAAUAUUAGAGUAAUGUUAGAAGGAGAAUUUGUAAAUAGUUGUAAUUCUGGAGAUGAUGUAAUAAUUGGAGGUAUAGUGACUUAAAGAUGGAAGAUGAUUAAAUAGAUACCUUAAAUAACUCUAUGGAUUGAUUGUAAAUACUUAAGAUUAUAAAAUUAAUUAAAGCUUCUUUAGAAUAUUGAUAAUGAUUAAUUAAAUUGCACUUUUUAACAUAGAAAUUAAGUAAUCAAUUCAUUCAUACCUGAAUUAUGCAAUUAAUGGUAAGUUAAAUUAGGAACACUCUUAAGUUUAAUAGGAGGAGUAACAAAAUCAAAUAAUGGAAUUACAGUAAGAGGAGAUUCUCAUCUUUUAUUAAUAGGUGAACCUGGAACAGGUAAAUCUACAUUCCUUAGAAAUGCAUGUACAAUUAGUGAAAAAUCAAUAUAUGUAAAUGGUAUUGGAACAACUUAAGCAGGAUUAACACUUUCUUUUGUUAAAGAGGGAUCAGAUUGGAUGAUAGAGGCUGGUGCUUUAGUUAUGGCUGAUUAAGGUUUAUGUUGCAUAGAUGAAUUUAAUCUAUUAAAUUAACAAUCAUAAUAAUCUAUUUUAGAAGCAUUGGAAUAACAAACAAUUAGUAGUAGCAAAGCUGGAAUAUCUACAAAAUUAAAUGCAAGAACUACUAUUAUUGCUGCUUGUAAUCCAGUUGAGUAAGUAUAUAAUAGUAAAUUGUCAAUAUAAUAUAAUUCUGGUUUAUCUACACCUUUAUUAAGUAGAUUUGAUCAAAUAUACAUUUUAAAAGAUCAACAUGAUUAUGAAUUAGACAAAUAAUUGUGUGAUCACAUUUUCAAUCUUAAUAACAAUAAAUAAAAUUAUACUCUUAAAUAAUUAAAAUAAUAUAUUAUCUAUGUUAAAAAUACUUUUUAACCUAUAAUGAAUGAAGAUUGCUAAUAAGUUAUCUAAAAAUACUUUACUUUUAUCAGAUAAUCCACUUAAUAAGUAACUGCAAGAAAACUAGAAUCAUUAAUUAGAUUAUCUGAAGCUCAUGCUAGAUUGUGUUCAAAACGAUUCAUUGAUGAAUUUGAUGUUGUUACUGUUAUUGCACUUAUAGAAAGUACUCAAUUUACAGGGAUCUAUCCUGAAUUUUAAGAGUGUUUAACAGAAACUGUUACUAUUGAUAAGAUAUAAGAAAUGUGGAAUCAUUUGAAAAAUAUUUGA